AUGCACUUUAAUGAACACAAUCCUCAGCUUCCAGGAGGGAGACUCUCAGGAUGGCAAAUCCGAAUGGAAACGAAGUGCCAAAAAGAAUUCUCACCUUUCAAAAGUACCAUGUGUAAUAUCUUUUUGACAGAAAGCUCAGAAAGAAGUAAACGCAGAUUACAAUCUAGAGUUCACUUCCUCUUGUUACUGAUGUAAAUGUACAGGGCCAGUCAUGUGAGGAAGAACACCGGCCUGUAGCAAGAUAAGCAUCCGAGUAUUGGCACGUUACAAUCAUACUGGAUUACUAGCAGGAUGGAGCAUAGAUGGAGUUCAGAUGAGCUGGAUGAUGAUGUGUUUUAUCCAGAUGAUUUUGAGUUCUCCAGGGAACCUUUAACGUCAUCAACUUCAAUGUUCAGUCCGAGCCCUCCGUACAAUUGUCUCCUGGGCCGGUUCCAUCUCUUCACUGUAUCUCACUGCUGUGGUCCAGGAUGCAGGAUUACAGAGUCCAAAGACAAAGCUACUCAGACCUUAGAGCCUUCUUCUCUUAAUGGUGAUGUCAUGUUACCAUGUGGCGUUUCAGAACCUCCACAGAGACUUUUCUAUGGAAAUGCUGGAUAUCUCUUACACCCACCUACAAACUUAACCCUGCGGUUUGGAAGUGAGACAGGUCAUCUGAGGCAGGAGCACAAUUCUGAGCGCCGGAUUGCUCGAAAGUUACAGUGCAUUGGAGAUCAGUUCCACAGACUUCAUCUACAGAGGAUUCAACAAAACAGAAACCAAAUCUGGUUCCAGUUAUUGGUCUUUAUUCGUAACUUGGUCAUCCAUCGUGAGAGGAACAGAGGUGGCUUCCAGAGGUGAACAUCACCUACGAGUCAAAAUCUACUCUGCUCUGGUAUCACUGGACAAUUCUGUGUUGGAUACAGAAGAGGAUGUUCCAGCAUCAUCAGGGAUUUCUGGUCAAACACUGUUGGGACAACAACUUGUGUUGAUAUCUGUGGAAUUGAACAGCAUUAUGGGUAAUUGAACCAGGCUGACAUGUUUUGUUUCUGCAGGUGAGCCUUGAAGGUUUUACACAACCAAACCUAAAUCUACUAGAAGAGAAGAUGUUCUUUUAUUCAGCAGGUACAAGAGACAAGGAAAGAUUCAGGACCUACUUCCAAAUAUCAUAAACUUACCCUCCUUGGCCAUCAUCAAAUCUUCUCACGAGUGGAACGCAGGUAGAGCCAAAAAACAUGUCCGUUAUCAAAUAUCUGAUGUUUUUAUGGAGGAAGAGAACAAAAACUGAUGAAGAAGUGCAUACAUAUAAUUGUCUUUAUAUCUUAUACAUCUUCCUACAGUAUCUCACAUAGAAGAUAUACUUUGUGGGUAACAGUUUAAAGCAUCUUAAGAGGCUGAUCCGUGAUGUGAUAUUCACAUACAACCGCGUAAAAAUCAUUUAUUAGAUGCCAAGGGUAUUACACGACAACCCAUUACAAAAUGGAGGUCCAGCUUAGGUUUGGAUAAUCCUUCAUUCCUCUGGGCUAUGUGAUUGUUCACAAGAGGACAGAGAGUCAUACCACCAUUGGAUCGUGGUGGAGAAGAGCAGAAAGUUCCAGGUGAUGAGGCAUGAAUCGGUAACAGUGAGGCGCCCUAUUUUGAUUUUUGCUAUGGGGCUCCAUAUGCUAUAUGAAGAGCCCUGGAACGUGUGUAUGUGGUUUUCACCUUAUUAGUACAAGAUAUUUUAUGUCAGUUGACUUUUAUUGUGUGUCAUGCUUUAAAGGGGACGUCCAGCCCCAUGAUAUUUUUUUCGAAAGAGCUUACAAUGCUAUAAAACAACAUAAGAAGUAAUACUCACCUUAUUGAUACCCUGUUACCCGUGUUGUGGCUUUCCAAUUCUUUGUUCACGAGAUAACAUGACACAACGAGUGACCGCUGCAGCCAAUCCUUAGCUGUAGCACUGAAGGGUUGACACCCUUGAGAUCAGUGCUGAGGCCGGUGGUUGGCUACAGUGGUCAUCACUGGAACUGAGUGAGCAGAGACUGGUGGGAAGUAUCGGCAAGGGAGCUGCAGGUGAUUGGUAAAGUGAGUAUUGCUCCUUUUGUAACAUUGCAAUUUCUUUGUAAAAAGAUUUAUGGACAACCUCUUUAAUUGACAUUAAAAGCCAAGAGAGCAAUACUGUUGACCUCAUAAAAGGGUAUGUCCACUUUUAUAAGGUUUCUACACAUAUCUUAACUUGAGUUGCCGGUCUGAGGUCAAGACGGUAACCGAAAAUACUUUGUUUUACAGCUCCAAUAUUGCUGUAGAAAUACAUGGCUAAGCUAUGAAUUUCUGCUGCAGAAAUGUAGUUUUAAUGCCAGGGAUUUCACUGCAUAUUGGCCCCAUUUAAUGGAGCUUGUCCAUGUGUUGAUACCCAUCAUGUUUCUGCAUUAUUUCAGUGCUGUGUUCCUUCUUGAGAUAGUUUCUAAAUCCACAAGCAACGAUCCACAGAAAAGUGGAUUCCUAAUGAGGAACAUUGGGUGGCAUAGACACAAAUAUGCUCCAAAAUCUGCAUGGAAAAUCUGCCCUUGUGAACUUGAGUGUAAGGAUAUGGCCACACCAGGCAGAACUUCUGUGGUAGCUUUUGCCAUGUUUUCGCAGCAGAGAUUCCACUGCAGAUUUGUUGCAGAUUUUGCUGCAGAUGUAACAUGGAUUUCACUCCAUGCAUUGGGUGAAAUCUGUGGUCAAAAUCUGCAUCAUAAAUCAACAUACUGCAUCAUACGUCAAUGUCUACAAUUUUUCAAGCAGCAUGUGGAUGAGAUUUUUCAAAAUAUCAUCCGCAUUGAUGGAACUGUAGACCCCUGCAGGUGUUGCAAUUACAGGCGGAAAGUCCACAGUUUUUAUGCCAUGGUGGAUGUAUCCUAAAAGACAAUUCUGCUGGUUGCCACUGAAAAGAGACAGCGGUUUAUCUCCAGUGUCAGACAUUUGAAUUCUUAGCUAGGCUCUAGCUAUGUAAUUGUCAUGUAAACUCCUACAAUGUCAACGCUGUCUGGUAGCAAGGAGCCAGCAGAAUACUGAAUUUCACCUUCCCCUAUCAAUUAAAGAGGUAUUCCCAUGUGGGAGUUUUAUGACAUAUUCAUAGGAUAUGCCAUAAACGUCUGAUAGGAGUGGGCCCAACUGCUGGGAUCUGCUCCUAUCACAAGAAAGAAUGGAGAGCAAGUCCCACGCAUGACCACAAUCCUUCCACCUCAAUGGGCCAUGUAACUUCCAAAAAUGGCCAAGUGUGCUGGCUCACCCAGAGUGGUUGAAUGGAGAAGACACCAUGCAUGAACCUCAUUCUUGAGAUAGGAGCAGAUUCACCUGUCGGAGAAUCAUGGCUUAUCCUAUGAAUAUGCCAUAAAAGUCCCAUAUGGGAAUACCCCUUUAAUUCAUAAGGGACGGCACUUUCUCACACAGUGCUCUGUGAGAAGAUUUUGCUACCAUGAUAAUAGGUUGCAUGUAUAAACCCACUUAUCAUACAGCUUCAUGGUUUUAUACUAGUGUCUUUACAUGUGCCUGUUUUAUGGUAUUUUCUGCUGUACUUUUGUGAUAAUCAAAACAAAAGAAAAUGUCAAGAAGCCGAUACAUGAAAUACACCCUCUGGUUUUAGAACCACUGGGUAAGUUCUUAUGAAGACCACUUCCAGAGGGCAAUUGAUAAGCCCAUAUGGACGGUGUAUUUGUAAUAUAUUACUUGUACUUUAUUGUGUUGAAUGAGAGAAUUAGGAGAAUAUUCUCCUGAGUUAAAGGGGUUUUACAGGACCUAAGGAUAGGUUAUCGGCAUCAGAUCGGUGGGGGUCUGACUCCCAGCAACCCCAUUGAUUAGCUUUCUUCACGAGCUCUGGUGUCUCAACCAGACACUGGAACUACACAGCUCGGCACGCUGCGUAGUGGCUGCACUUGGUUACAACAGUACUUCUCCCAUUCUAGUGAAUGCCCCCCCCCCCCCCCAUCCUAAAGAGAGGUCAUCAAUAAGUUAGUCCUGGAAAAUUCCUUUAAUCUGUUCACAAUCAUUAUGUCUAUGGUACCAACUGAUCAGGUACGAAUAAUCAAAGCCAAUCUAUUCAAAUGUGUGUUAUCUGCUCUUUUUUUAGACAUUUCCUUAAAGAGAUUGUUUUAUAACUGUCCUUGAUGGUAUCUCAGUAGAAUAUUUCCACUCGUGAGAUCCAGGUGCUAGCAGAAAAUAGCAGCAGCACUAGACCAGCACCAUCCACUUCAUCUCCUGUCACGUGGAUGGCCAUUGACCAUAACACUUUCUUACCACCAUUUUCUAGCAACUCACUCCUGGUUUUGGCUUUCAAAACUUCAUCAGGAAAUCUGUCCUCAACCAUUAAAUUUGAUAACAUAAUGUUGGCUUAUAAUAAGCACGUGGUUUGGAAUAUUCAAUCAGAGCAAUUUGAAAAAAGAAAAAUGUGUAAAAAAGGUGUUCAAUGAAUGGUCUUUCUAGUGAGCAAAUGUAAAACCUAACAUCUCUGUGAAGCUCUAUGUUCUGGCUCAUAGAUGGGGUUAUCAAGCAUGGAGACUCCCUCUCUAUGACGUUUAUAUAAUCUACUAGGACAUAGGAACAGAGGUUGUCCUCAUGAGGCAACCAUUUUAAUGUGUGUCAAUCAUUCUUAUUUUAUUGUGUUUUUUGUAUAAGCCAGUAGCACGUGUGAAAACAUCUUUGAUAUAUUAGUGGAAACUGGCAUCUUCGUCACCUUUUAGGAGCCUGUAGUUCAUUAUUCCCUGCCUGGCAGCUCAGAAACCAUCUCAGUCAUCAAAAAAUUCAUCUAGUGUCAAAUAGUAAAUAGAUGGUGAAGGUUCCUGCUCACUGUUUUAGAAAAGGAGCAUGAGGGAGAGUGGUGGUAGCACGUGGGAGACUUCUGACUAGC